GUUCGACAAGGGCGACAACGAUCGCUUCCCAUUUUUAUUUCCCAAAACCUCUCCCUAAUAACAAACAUGAAUGGUACCAAAGCGACGCCCACAGUGGCCGAUCUGGCUGCAAUGACAACUGAAGAACGCAUGGCCGGCAUGGAACAUUCUGAAGUUCGCUACUUUACAAGCUACGACCAUCAUGGAAUUCACGAGGAAAUGCUGAAAGAUGAAGUGCGCACUCGAUCCUACAGAGACGCAAUCUACCAAAAUGCCCACAUUUUCAAAGACAAGGUGGUCCUCGAUGUAGGCUGCGGCACCGGUAUCCUGAGCAUGUUCGCCGCAAAGGCGGGUGCGAGACAUGUGAUCGGAGUCGAUAUGUCCAGUAUCAUCAACAAGGCGAAAGAGAUAGUCGAAGUGAAUGGUCUUUCCAACAAGAUCACACUGUUACAAGGAAAGAUGGAAGAGGUCGAAAUGCCCCAGCAACACUUGAACAACGGCAAGGUCGACAUCAUCAUUUCGGAAUGGAUGGGCUACUUCCUGCUCUAUGAAAGCAUGCUCGAUACGGUCCUGUACGCCCGAGACAAAUAUCUGAACCAAGGAGGCAAGAUCUUCCCGGACAAGGCCACCAUCUACAUGGCUGCGAUUGAGGAUGGCGAGUACAAGGAUGACAAGAUUGGAUUCUGGGACAACGUGUAUGGCUUCGAUUACAGUCCAAUGAAGGAGAGCGCCUUGAGUGAGCCUCUGGUCGACACGGUCGAAAUGAAGGCCCUCGUCACCGAUCCUUGCCCUGUCUUUACCAUCGACCUCAACACCGUGACCACAGCCCAGCUGGCCUUCUCGGAGCCAUUCCAACUGCGUUGUCAACGAAACGACUUCAUCCACGCCCUCAUUGCUUGGUUCGACAUCGACUUCACCGCAUGCCACAAACCUAUCCGAUUCUCCACGGGUCCACACACGAAAUACACCCACUGGAAGCAGACCGUUUUCUACCUCCGAGAGGUCCUCACUGUGGAAGAGGGUGAAACCGUGACCGGAUUCUUGUCGAGCAAGCCCAAUAACAAGAACAAGCGAGACCUGGACAUCAAGAUCGAUUAUGAACUGGAGACGGCCGAUCGGACUCGUUUCGCUCGCGGAUCGAAUGAUUACAAAAUGUAGGGAACCCCACUCCCUCGUGUUCCCGUUACAUCAAUGGCUGACCCUACAUUGUAGGUGCUGAUCUUUGGGCUUGGACUCUUUUCCUUUUGUUCUUUCUGCAUAGCACAAAGGCGUGUGUGGGUAUGGGUGAAAUGAGUGGUAGAAGCCUACCACUGUAUGUAAAAAGGGUUUUACGACUGAAAUGAUCUUCGAGACGGACUUCAAGCUCCUCGUUAUUUGAUCUAGAUACCCCACGAGUUGAGGCUGAAAAUUUCAUGUCUGAUCAUGCCGGAUAUAUUGUGAGAAUGCUCUGUUCUAUUUUCGUUGUC